AACAAUAAACCAAUGCAAGCCAAUAUGACUGAGAUGGAGAUUGAGACUCUCUCUGAUGGAGUUGAUGAUCUGAAGCUAUCGGCUGUGGUUUCAGAAGUUAACUUGGUGGGUUCUAAUCAUAGUUUGGAGUGGCUGGAUACUGGCGCUACUCGCCAUGUGUGUGCGGACAAGAAAAUGUUCACCACCUAUCAAUCGGUGGAAUCUGGCAAACAACUCUUCAUGGGAAAUUUGUCCAGUUCCAAGGUUGAAGGACAAGGGAAAGUGCUGCUCAAGAUGACUUCUGAAAGGGUGUUCACUCUGAAUGAUGUGAUGUAUGCGCCAGAAAUUCGCAAGAAUCUGAUAUCUAGCUUGCUCUUGGUCAAGAACGGCUUUCGUAUGGUUUUCGAAGCCAACAAGGUUGUGCUGACUAAAAGUGGGGUUUAUGUGGGUUGGGGCUACAUGUGUAAUGGGCUAUUCAAAAUGAAUGUACUGACUAAGGUUCCGGCCUCUCCGGGUAUCAAUGAGAUAAACACAUCUUCUGCUUUAUCCUUGAGUUUUCUCAAUUGUGGCAUGGUAGAUUAGGUCAUGUAAAUUAUGGCACUUUGCGCCAUUUAAUUAACUUGGACUGUUUGCCUAAAUUUCAUAUAAACUCGGAUCAUAAGUGUGAAAUAUGUGUGGAGGCUAAAAUGACAAGGAAUUCGUUUUACAAAGUUGAAAGAAGUACAAAACCUCUUGCUUUAAUCCAUUUGGAUUUGUGCGAUUUGAAAGUUGUUCAAGCUAGAGGAGGUCGUAAGUAACUUUGUUACUUUUAUUGAUGAUUGCACAAGAUAUUGUUAUGUGUACUUGCUUAAGAGCAAGGACGAAGCCUUAGAAAAGUUUAUCCCCUACAAAAGUGAAGUGGAGAAUCAACUUGGCAAAACAAUCAAAGCAAUUAGAAGUGAUCGAGGGGGUGAAUAUGAAGCACCUUAUGGUGAAUUUUGUGCCCAACAUGGGAUCAUUCACCAGAUGACUGCUCCUUACUCACCGCAAUCUAACGGAGUUGCUAAACAAAAGAACAGAACUCUAAAAGAGAUGAUGAAUGCCAUGUUGAUAAGUUCAGGAUU